AUGGACUCUGCAGGUAGUAUAAAUGCAACGACAUGGUCAAUCAUCGACACUCUGACCUCAGUACCUAUUGGAGCAUGGGCGGGUCUAGCAUUUGUCUUCAUAUGUGGUAUUCCCAUAUUGCUCAUCGUCGCACUACGAGACUAUGUCAAAGACCCUCGACCACCUAGGCGAUCCGAGAAGCAGUAUAUCACAUGUCAAGCCAAUGGCAAAACCUCAACACCACAGCCGCUAACAUGUUGGUACGACAACUACCUCGCUCUCCGAGAAAUGGCAGACCGCAAACAAAUCUCCAUCGACGAAGCACAUCAGAUCCGAGACGCAGAAGUGUUCAUGAGUCUAGUCGUACCUGCAUAUAACGAGGAGGAUCGGUUACCAGGUAUGCUGGAAGAGGCAGUGGAGUACCUGGAAGAGCAAUACGGACACCACGGGACUGUCAGCAAAAGCAGUAGCAAUGGUAGUCUGCAAGCUAGUGGACGGCAAGGUGACCCGAACAGAGGCUGGGAGAUCCUCAUCGUGAGCGACGGAAGCAAGGAUAAGACGGUGGAGAUAGCUCUGGACUUCGCGAGGACACACCAGCUCAAUAAGCCCGCGCCUACACCUAAGGGACCAUGGAAUGGUGCGGGAAGGCCGACGAAUAUUACUCCUGGUGCUAUCAGAGUCGUGCAGCUGGAGGAGAAUAGAGGUAAAGGUGGUGCGGUUACACAUGGUAUGAGGCAUGCGAGAGGGACAUAUGUGGUCUUCGCCGAUGCGGAUGGUGCAAGUCGGUUUGGCGAUCUUGGCAAAUUGGUGGUGGGCUGUGAGAAGGCGAAGGACAAGCAAGGGCGGGCGGUGGGUGUGGGCUCGCGGGCACAUAUGGUUGGUACUGAGGCUGUUGUGAAGCGAUCACUCCUCCGCAAUAUGCUCAUGCGUGCCUUUCACCUCUGCAUCUGGCUCCUGACUACCGAGAAAACGGCAACGAUCAAGGAUACACAAUGCGGCUUCAAGCUGUUCUCUCGGCCUUCGUUACCUUACAUUAUACCUUAUAUGCACUCUGAAGGAUGGAUCUUCGAUGUCGAGAUGCUGAUGCUGGCCGAGAGCGCCGAUAUCCCAAUGGUCGAGGUACCGAUCGGAUGGAAGGAAGUGCAGGGCAGCAAGCUGAAUGUGAUCAAAGAUAGUCUGGGCAUGGCGAUUGGGCUGGCUGUGCUGAGGGUCUGCUGGGGGUUGGGGAUAUAUAGUCGUGAUUAG